AUGUCGGACUCCCCACAACUCCUCCCAGUCGCAGAUCUUCCACCCGACCACUUGGCGCCGGUGAAACAGGCCAUAAGCCGUCUGUUCUCAUCAGAUCUGGGAUUCAUCACCUUCGCCCAGAUAGCCGACGGCUGUCCGAUUCAAAGCACUUACCAGGAAUAUUAUGGGCAUUUCCGUGCGGACUUUGAAAAUAAUCGAGAACCAAGCCCCGAUGCCAAAAGGGUGAUUCGGGAGCUUCAGCAGACCUUCUUGGUGGAGGACCUGCAGCUGGAAGCCAACGUAGAUAAGCCCUUCCUUCAUCUCUUUCCCCGCACUGCGCCAGAAAUCGGGUAUUGA